UGUUGACCGGCCAUCCUCCUCUCUGUGAAUGUCUCUCUGCUCUGCCCACCUUCGCUCACCUUUUCACUCCUUCUCUCUCUGCCUGAUUCUCUCCUCACUCAAACACUCCAGCUGGAGCUUCUUAAGAGCUCUCUCUGAGGUUUUUACAGGAUUUUACAACUUAUUCUCCUCCUGAGUGGUCUCACACAUUUAUCAGGAUAUCGUCAGGAUGCGCUGUGUGAGCUGGUUGCUGCUGGGGACUUGCCUCCUGGUCCUGGGCCCUGCAGUGCAGGGGGCCCCUGGCCAGUGCCCCAACCUGUGCCACUGCCACGGGGACCUUAUGCAUGUCAUCUGUGAUAGUGUGGGGCUCAAGAGGAUCCCUAAGGUGUCCGAGACGACCCGACUGCUGAACCUGCAGAGGAACAACCUGGGCAGCAUCCCCACAGGAGCCUUCAGUGAAAGUAAGGGACUCAUCUCUCUGCACAUGCAGCACUGCCAGCUCCGAGAGAUCGGAUCCCAGGCCUUCAAAGGGCUGAAGAAGCUCGUCUACCUCUACCUGUCCAACAAUGAGAUCAGCAGCAUCAAACCUGGCGCCUUUGAUGACCUGACCGCGCUCACCUACCUCCACCUAGACGGGAACCAGAUCAGCGAGCUGUCUAAAGGCAUCUUCUCUCCUAUGAUCAACCUCUUCAUCCUGCAGCUCAAUGACAACAAGCUCAGAGAGCUGCGACCCGGGACUUUUACCGGAGCCAAAGACCUUCGCUGGCUGCACAUGAGCGGGAACGAGCUGAUGACCCUGCAGCCGGGCUCUCUGGACGACGUGGAGAACCUCGCCAUACUUCACCUGGACCGAAACAAGAUGUCCACAUACCCGCUGGCAGCAAUGAGCAAACUGAGAGUGGUGGAGGAGCUCACGCUGGGGAAGAACCCCAUGAGGUCCAUCCCAGACAACGCCUUCCAGAGCUUUGGACGCUACAUGGUGAAACUCCACCUGGACAACAUGGGGCUGGAGAAGUUCUCUGAUGGUGCGUUCACUGGAGUGACGGCAGUAGAAUCGUUGCAUCUGGACAACAACAGGCUGAGGUCUCUUCCUAGAAACUUUGAGUUUGGCACCCUCACCAACCUCACGCUCUCCAACAACCCGUGGAGCUGUACGUGCCAGCUGGCUCCACUGAGAAGGUGGAUGGACUCUAGCCGCAUUCGUCCAGACGCAGUGUGCGCGUCUCCAUCUCAGCAGAAAGGAAAGCAGGUCAGAGACAGCACGGCCUUCAGCGGCUGCAGAGUGAAGCCGAAGAGAGCGAGGAAGGGCACGCGCCAUUGAACAUAGAGCUGUACAGGAGACGCCGAAGAGGAGCCGGUCCAGGUGACCGGCUAAACAUGCAACUAAAGCAGCGCUCGCUAACUUCAAGACUGUCCGCGUAUUCAUCCGCUGAAUGAAGUCACAAGUAUAAACACAGACAAACUCUUAUAAAUACACACGCUCUCUGUCUGUCUCUGUCACAGCUACAAGCAUUACCGUGUUUAUUUCUCAUCCUGUUAUAUUAAAUAUGAACACUUACGUUUGGGUGUGUCAUGUUAGCACAAAACACAAGAUGUAUAUGAGGAGAGAAAUCAGAGGAUUGGGGAUUUGUUUGCAGAGUCUUAUUAUAAACACAGAUCUUCCUGUAGAAUGUAAAAUAUUUCAAUGCUUUUAAUGCAAAUUAAACCAUAGGAUGUUCUGCAAACAGUGACAUUUUACCAGAAUUUGCCUUUUCUAAAUUUCACUUAUGUUGCAAUAGAUUUAUAUCACUGUUAGCUUAGCUUAGCUUGGCAUUGAGACUUGAAUCAGGGGAAAUAUCUAGCUUGGCUCCUGUAGAACUGCAACAAAGUCUGCCCACUCUGAAACCCACCAAGCUACUUCCUGUUUGUUUGAUUAAGCAGAUAUGCCGCCUCAUAUGAGGCUAUUUUGCAGGUAUCAGUGAUUUUUACACUAAUGCUGCUUAUAAGCUCUUGAUAAGAAUAUAAAGGGAUCCUUGGAGUUUUAUGUGUCCACUGGAUGAAUUCAAGUCCAGUGAUCGCUCUCUUUACAGACCACCACUCUGUAGAAAUGUUUGCCUCCAUAGCCUCAAUUUUGUUGACAAGCAAUAUGCGAAUUUGCGUCUCUGUCUGGUUCAGUGGCUUGGAGUUCAACACAGCAAUGAAAAGAGACUUAAAUGCUCCAAAAAAGUUUGGACGUUAAGUAAAACAUGAAUGAAAACAGAAAACAUUUGCAAAUCCUUUCCAACUAAACACAGCACACAAAGAAGAUAUUUAAUGUUCAAACUGAUAAACUUUUUUUGAAAAUAUACGCACAUUCUGAAUGUGAUGACUGCAACAUGUUCAAAAAAAGUUGGGACAGGGGCAUGCUUAUCAUCGUUUUAAAUCACAUUUUCUUCCAGCAGCACUCUGCAGUUGCUCAAGUAUCCCAGUCUCGCCUAAUGUUCAUCUGAAGUUGCUCUACAGUGCAGGAUUUUAGUUUGAUGUGAUUGAAGCCUCAUAAUUCACCAUGCAUUUCAGUGGGAGACAGGUCUGGACUGCAUGCACGCCAGUCUAAGCCCCUCCCCCUUUACUGUGAAGCCAUGCUGUUGUAACUUGUGCAGAAUGUGCUUGAGCAUUGUCUCACUGGAAUAAGCCGGAACGUCCAUGACAAAGACAUCAUCUGUAUGAAGGCAUUUGAUGCUCUUCACUGAUGUGCAAGUGACCCAUACCUUGGGCACAAAAACACCCCACACACAAUCACAGAUGCUAGUUUUUGAACCUUACAUUUACCUCCUCAGACCCUGCAUGCACAUACGAGGACGCCUACAACAAGAUAAUAAUCCAGAAUGUGGCUUUAAAUGAUGGGAUAACUUACUGCUUGGAUGUUUAGGGGAAGUUGCUUGGAAAUUAUCAAGUAUUUUCAUGGAGAUUUCGUGGAUAUGCUUGCAUGUUUUGGAGAAUUUCAUUGGAAGUUUUGGGGAUAUUUGCUUUGAAUUUCUUUGGCAUGUUUCAGGGGUUCAGGGGAGUUUAAGGGGAUUUGUCUGGAUGUAUUUUUGAGGAAUUUUGGUAAUGUAUUUGUUAAUUUUAUUUAAAAAAUGCAGAGCAAUUUUAGGAGGAUUUACAAUUGAAAGUUGCUGAUUGCAGUUGAAAUUUUUUCAUGAAUUUACAUGAAAUUUUAUAACAAGUUUUUACAUAAAGAUUCGCAGACUAUAUACAGAAAUUUGGGGUACUUAUCACAGUAUAUGUUAAACAAAAUUUUAAAGACUUUUCAGAAAAAUUUUAGGCCAUUUAUUUGCAAUUUAAUGGAAUUUGUUUGGGUUUUAGAAAGUAAAAUUUCCAAUAGACUCCUUUUCAGACACAAGGCUGAUGUUUUAACUUAUCAAGUCUCAUUUAUCACAGAUAAGAAGAAGAAACUGAAAAUGCUUUCUAACAAAAAGCUCAAGUCUCAGGAGGUUAAUAACAAUCUGGAUAGUAAAGUCCUCUGUAGCCCAGAAGACUUUACUUUGCUUUGAAAUGUUGACUCGUCAGACCACUACAGUAUAAACGUACAUUUGUAGAUCCAGUGACGUACUGUGUUAACUGACAAGUGUUCCUGAGGCCAUACCGUAAUAAACAUCACAGAAUUAGGAUGUUUUUUUAAUGCAGCACCACCUUAAGGGUCGGAGGUCACAGGCAUUAAGCCUGGUUUUCAGUCUUGCCCGUUUCCAUACAGAGAUUCCCUUGGAUUCUAUGACUCUUUGUAUAAUAUUAUGGACUGAAGAUGGUCAAAUCUCUAAAUUCUUUGCAAUUAGACAUGAAGGAAUAUUGUUCAUUAACUGUUUGACUAUUUGCUCACACGGCCUUUUACAAAGUGGAGAACAUCAUGCCAUUGUAGACCGUCAACACCUGAGCCUUUCAGGAGUGCUCUUUUACACCCAAUCAUGGUACAAUCACCUCUUAUCGAUCACCCUACUUACCUGUGGAAUAUUCUAGGAGUUUGUUUUUUUAAACAAAUCCACAACUUUCCCAGUUUUUUUGUCGGCCUGUACCAGCUUUUUUGUAAUGUGUUCCAGGCAUCAGAUUCAGAUUGUGAGUGUGUUUCCAGCAAACAGUAGAAUAACAGUAUGCAGGUCGAAAAGCGUUGUUAGAAGAAAAGGGGGUGAAACACCGUGGUAAAAAUGCUCCUGUCCCAACGUUUUUGGAGCAUGCUGCAGGCAUCACAUUGUGCAUGCAUAUACUUUCAAAAAACAUUGAAGAUUAUCAUGUUGGACAUGAAAUAUUUUGUCUUUCAACAAUAUUCAGCUGAAUAAGUUUGAAAAGAUUUGCAGAUCACUGUAGUCACAUUUUACACAAUGUCCCAACUAUUCUGGAAAUGGAGUUUGUAAGGUAAUGGGGUAGCUGAUGUUUGUGGAUCUAUUGCAACAAAAAUGGUCUUCAGAUUCUAAAGUUUUGACCAACUUUGAUAUAAACAGUGAGUAAUAAAUUCUAAAGUGGACAUAAACACUCUGACAGCGGCGACUCUGCUUGAUUUGGUGCGAAACCAUAUAAACAAGACGCGUCUCCUCCAAACUUCCAACAGCUGUCACUCAGACAAACAUCCACACUUUUUAACUCUGAUUUCCACUAUCAGACACAUUCAAUACAGAUAAAGCAUUGAAAAAACGUCUACAAAAAGAAGCUGAACAGCCAAUGGGACUAUCACGAUAUUGACAAACUCACAAUGCUGAACAGCAGAUCAAGCCGUCUCUGACUUCUGGUGCAAUUUUCCCUUUUAUGAAUGUAUUUUAUAUCCAAAUGAUGUGUAUCAGUCUCAUUAUAUCUCUACACUUCACCUCAAACUGGAAGAAGUGAACUAUUUGUCUAACGCCGUCUGUGAGGGUUUCUGACAUGUAUUGACUUCUUGUUUAUCUUCUGUAUAUUCAGUAUCUCUACAUUUCCUGGACUUUUGGAGGUGAU